AUCACGUAAACACAACGUAGGGUGGCAAAGUGCUGUUGAAAUCUUUCCAGUGGCAGAAUUAAGAUUUCUCUAAUUUUCCUUGCUUUUUCACCGCUGUAAGACAGUGCACGUUUAUUGAAAUAGACAAUUGUAGUCUCAUAAAAUCGUCUAAUUACAUUUUUCUAUCAUAUUUUGCAAAGACUUCCAUGAAUUGUGUAAGCUGAGAGUGACAUCUGACCUCUGAACUCCACUUUGCUCUACUGAAGGUUGAAAUUUUGAAUCUCUUUCACUUCUCCAAAUUUAUCUCUUUCAAACUUAUUAAAUACCUACGAUUUUGUUCCUCUUAAGCACUAUCUUAAAUUUUUACAAGGCUGCUGAAAUUGUGUUUCUUCGCACAUCUGUUUAUCUUGCGCUCAAGAAUCAUGACGACUGUCCUGCAACAUGUUGUCAGAAGGAGUAUCCUCAGGCCUUUUGCCAAAUCUUUCUCCAGUGGAAGUUCCCUUGUUGAUGUCCAAGUCAAUGACAAGACAGGAGUUGCUAUCGUCAAAAUGGGUAGAGCCCCAGUCAAUGGAUUGAACACUGAGCUCCUUGGUGCCCUCAAUGACACUUUUGAUAGUUUGGAAAAAAACAAAGCCACAGGAAUGAUACUAAGUUCUAGUAUCCCAAACAUUUAUAGCGCUGGGUUGGACAUAUCAGAAAUGUACAAUGGCACACCUGAAAAUUUAACUAAGUUUUGGAACACCCUCCAAUCAAUGUGGAUCAAUCUUUACAGCACGCCUUUACCAACCGUUGCAUUAAUCAAUGGAAAUGCGCCAGCUGGUGGUUGCUUGCUUGCAAUGAGUUGUGAAUAUCGUGUCAUGGUUGGCAGCAAGUUUGUCAUAGGACUGAAUGAAACUCAGCUAGGUCUUUUCGCUCCUAAAUGGUUUCAAGACACAAUGGUAAGCAUCAUUGGACCCCGUCAGACUGAACUCGCCUUGACCUCUGGCAAGCUAUUUUCUGCACAAGAAGCUCUCAAAAUUGGGUUGAUUGAUGAGCUAGUCGCCUCAGAGGAGGAAGCUCUUGCAAGCUCAGACAAAUUUUUUGGACUGUUUAAGAGAAUACCUGGUUAUGCCAGAGGCCAAACGAAAAACUUUGUUCGUGCUGAAGUCCUUGAUUGGUUAUUGAAAAACCGUGAACAUGAUACCAAAGUCUUUCUCAACAGCAUACAAUUGCCGCAUGUACAGAAAGGCCUUGGUCUUUACCUCCAGUCUCUCAAGAAAAAAUAAUUUUUAAAAAAAAAGAGAAAGAAGAUUUUCACAAUUGUUUAUAGUCUCUUUCCUUUGACCACCAUUAUGUGCCUUGGAUGCUCUUUUGCAAGUGAACACAUUUUUUUUUUCUUUUUCCGACUUGUGGGUAUUUUUGUUGGAAGAAAAUUAAGGCAUAAUGUAUGUGGCAGGGUCCUGAAACUUUGAAAAUUUCUCAAAUAUAUAAAGUUAAAAUUUCUUUCUCAUUUUCCAAUCCCCGAAUAUAUUUUAAUUUUUUUAAAAAAGCCUUUAAAAAUUUGAUUAGUUUCAAAUGCCUUCAAAGAGUCUUAAUUUCGUUUAAUCUGGUUUUCUAAUUAUAACUUUUGUAAUUGUUCUUUUUUCUCCUUGGUCACGGAGUCUAUCGAAAUGUCCAAUACUACAGGAUAGUCCUUUCAUUCUACAUUUGCUUAUUUUUGUGUAAAUGAUAGAGAAUCAAAGUAAAAGAGGAGAGAACUUCCAAUAAAUUCCAUUGCCAUUCUUUGAUCCCUCCAACUUUUUUUUGUGCAUCCUUGAAUUGCUUGGAUAGUUCUUGAUUUUGCUUAUUGCACCUCUUUUAAAAGCCCUUGAUUUUAGGUUUUAAAUGCUGUUGUGAACUGUGUGUGUGUGUUUUAAGCAAGAUAGAAAAAUACUCCAACUGAAAAUCAGAAUUUCACCUUUUUUCCAUCUACAUGUAAAUCCUCUGUUUUUUUCUCUCUUUUCUUCUUCUUCUUCUUCUUAAUGCAGUUCAGCUCUCUCCUCAAAUUAAUGAAAGGUGCAGUCAGGAUUUUAAUUGAACUUGUAGCUCAUCUUUUUGACAGUAUUUUGCCGUAACGAAUAAUUAUUUUUGGCUCUUUUCAGAAACAACAUGUCAUUACUUUCCCAUUACAGAUAUCGACGGUGUAAGUCGGCAAUCACAUGACUCGUUUGCGGUGUCUGAAAAUCUCCGCCUCUUUGUUAUUUUUUUAUAGGAGAACAGAUUGAAUUCAUUCCUUGAAGUUUUUGCAGAAUUAUCUGUGCACAGAGAAUAAAACUCACGGCAACUUUAAAGAUUUGUCGUUGAAUAGUUUUCCGUUUAAAAAAUAAAGUAUGACAAGAAGUCUGCGACGUCGCAAACUGAGUUAUGUGAUUGCCGACUUACACCGUCGAUAUGUGGUUUUGUGCUUAAAGAAUGUUUAUAUUACUUAAACUCAGUCAUUAGCAUUCAGAAUUUAAAAAAGAAAAACAUUUACCAGGUAUGACUGAAAUCAAAGGCUGAUAGAAUACUCAGAAAAAUCAUUGAAUUUGUUACAAAAAAAGAAACAGUUUGAAGUAAUAUGUAUCUACAAAGGAUUUUAUUCUUUGAAAUCUAAUGAAAGCCAUUUAUUUCUUAUUGGUGUGUGUAGAAUGUAAUCUUACCCUUUAUUUCUUGAGGAGAGCUCCCCUCCAUUUACUGGAUUUUUUUAUUCUUGUUGACGAAACCACAAGAAAGUUCUAAGACUGAUUUUGUAAAAUGCAUUUUGUUAGUAAAAGUUAUUAUGUUAUUUUUAGAUGGUUUGAGUUGUCUCUUUCUAUUGGGUGUUUUUUUUUUUUUUUUAAUUUUUAGAAUAAGUUGAAUUUCAUAUCAUUGAAUUGGUUUUACACUGUCUGCAAAGUUCUUAUACAGCCAAUAGCUAUACGUAACUAACAUUUAAUCUCUACAAAGAUCUAAAUAGCAGCAUUUUCAAUUUGUUAUCAGUAAAUGUUGAAGUCAUUGGAUACGGAUUUAGGCUGAAUGUAUUAAGUCAGGUCUGUUUUAAUUUUAACCCUUGUUUUCCACGAGACAAGGACUGUGUCUAAUUUAAUCUGCCUACUAUCAGAUCUAACUAAUGUUCUUGCAUAGCUUUCCUAGCAUUGAGCUAGGUCUUUAUUAAACUGCCAAAGAUUGUGAAACUCAAUUUAAAGUGAAUGUAUUAACUGCUUUUGGAGAGGUGGAAGUGCCAAUCGAAAAAUAGAUAAAUAAAAUUAUGUUAUUUUUGUAA